AUGUCUUCUGAUAAGGACGCCGGUGCCACUGUGCCAGUGAUGGAGAAAAUCGAUCAAGUCGUGCACCCUCUCGUCCCCGAGAGCGAUAAACCUGCCGAAGUCAUCACAACCAAGUCCAAGCCCAAGCUCUCUGCCACUACAAUUAUUCCGAUAUGGAUCGUCCUGAGUUCCUCGGUGAUUAUGUACAACAACUACUUGUAUAAUACUCUCAACUUCAAGUAUCCCGUGUUUUUGGUCACCUUUCAUCUAUUUUUUGCGGCGAUCGGCACACGUGUGUUGCAGCGCACAACGAACCUUCUGGACGGCGCCAAGGACGUCAGCAUGUCCCGUGAUGUUUUUCUCCGUGCCAUCCUACCCAUCGGACUGUUGUUUAGCGGUAGUUUGAUUAUGAGCAAUAAAGCCUACCUCUACCUUAGCGUCUCAUAUAUUCAAAUGCUUAAGGCGUUCACCCCUGUAGCCAUUCUUCUGAUUUCGUUCGCCUUCCGCAUCCAAGAGCCCAAUCGCCGCUUGGUUGCAAUCGUCUGCAUGAUUUCUGGAGGUGUCUCGCUUGCAAGCUACGGAGAACUCAAAUUCGAUAUGUUCGGCUUUAGCAUCCAAGCGCUUGCCGUUGUGUUUGAGGCUUCUCGCUUGGUAAUGAUCCAGCUGCUGCUUCAUGGAAUGAAAAUGGACCCGCUCGUUUCGUUGCAUUAUUAUGCUCCGGUCUGCGCAGCUAUCAAUUUACUCAUUCUUCCCUUUACCGAAGGAUUGGAACCUUUCUACCACCUUGCGGAGCUUGGCCCCCUUAUUCUUUUCUCCAAUGCUGCUGUCGCUUUCCUGCUCAAUGUGGCCGCCGUUUUCUUGAUUGGUGUAGGAAGUGGUCUCGUACUCACCCUUGCUGGUGUCUUUAAGGAUAUCCUUCUGAUUUCGGGCUCGGUACUACUAUUCGGUAAUGAAAUUACACCAUUGCAGGUUUUCGGCUACUCUAUUGCCCUUGGAGGUUUGGUUGCCUUCAAGACUACGGGCGGAAAGUAA